AUGGCAGCGAAUCAAUUCUACGAAAACAGAUUUACAAAUUUUCACAAAAAUCAUAUAAAACUAUUUGCUGUUUAUAUGAAAACAGCAAAUUUAAUGCAAAACUCAAACGUGUUAAAGCGAUCACUUUAA